ACAUGUCUUUUUUAUAUAAAAAUCUCGCUCUAUCAAGACGUGUGUGCCUCCUGUCCUCAGUGUACGUCAGAGCUUCACCCUUCACAGUUAAACACUCGGCUGUUGACAACCUUGCAAUAUUCUCAUCUUUUGAAGCCCCUUUUUGAUCUAACCUGAAGCCCCCGGUUAGUUAAGUAAUCACUUCAAUAUGCGACUUACCGGCCUAUCCGCCAGAGGCCCUGUCGAAGGCACUCUUUCGACCAAACUAAAUUCAGUUCAACCCUUUUCGGGAACAUUAGUUUCCGAGUAGCAACUCCGUCCUAAAUUUUUCCUAUUAUCUCAUUACAAGCACAGCGAUGUAUAACAUAUCCCUACCGGAGAGGACUGAGGAAACUACUGUGCUUAUAAAUUUGGAAAUUUGGAAAUAUCAAUUCUUGAAUAAAACUUGCAAUAGAACUUACUGGUCUUAGGGGGUUGUAGACAACAUAACAUAAUACAUCGUUUUUCCAAAAUAGCCGCAACAAUUUUAACAAAAAAAAGACUAGCGGACAAUUCAGCAUUAUAAAAUCUGUGAGAUAUUAAUUUAUUCGGCAGAUGGCAAAUGUCUUAUGAAAAACUGGCAGUGGUUGAUCCCUUGAAUGUUGACAACAGUUCAGUAUUUAACAUUUACGGAAAAAAAAAAAAUACAAUUUUUAUGUUCACCGUUAGGUCUACCCGAGUCUUUUGUGGUUGUCUCUACUAUCUGACUACGCGAAGGCGUCCGAUAUCAGUUAAUGUUUUGAGUUUCCAAACGGAGCCACGUGAGUAUCGGUUGCAGCUGGCACCUAUUCAAGUCGAUGUGUACCCCACAAAAAACUUGAUUUAUUUUCAUAUUCCACUAUCAGUAGCAUGUAAAUACGCUUUGCUGGAGCAGUUCUUGAAAUAGAAACAAAUUUAGCCAGUCGUUCAGAGUUCGUCUUCUUAUCGUAGCACAGACCGACGAUUGUUUUCUAGAAUGUUUCCUCUUGAAAUAGCAGUAUGUAUAAUGAAUGCGGAUUUGCAAACGGGCAAAGGCCGUAUGUCGGAUGCGAGGCAAAAAUCAGAUACCUUUUGUUACGUAUGCCCUAUGUAAGUGACUGUUUGAAACAAGGUGACUUACUCAUAUUUUCAAACCGUAUAGGGAUAGGAUAGGACGUGAGGUUAAACGAGGGUUCGUCUUUUUUUCGGCCCUCCGAUAUACUUAUCCAACAACGAAUGACCUUGGAUAUUGCACCGAGUAUUCCCUGGGGCCAGCCGCUUUUCUAAUACUAUUCGUAGACGUCAUCAAGAUGAACUUGAAAAAUCAAUCGUGGCACAAAGAACACGUUUUUUUUUGACCUCUAGAAACACGUUCACCUGUCGCAGCGCUGUUGACCGUCGGUAUCGUACUACCUUGAACGCAAAUGGUUCUUUCAACAUUACUUACGACCCGCUCUCCGAGGAGGUAGUCGCAUGUGCUAUGUUGUUGUUCGCAGGUGCGAGCGCCGUCGGCGCAUGCUUAGUCGCUACGAGUUCGUCGAGGGGGGUCGGACGGAACAUAGAAAACAAAGCAAAAGAUAGAACCGUGUCACCACAUCGCGCACAUGGCGUCUUGGUUGUGUGAUACCUGGCGUUUCUUAGCAGUUCUCACUCUUUCAGGCGAGCUUGCUGGACCGAGCAAUUGUUUGCCGCUUUGCAAAGCUCUCGUUUUCGUCUUCACUUUUCUCGGCCUACAACUCCGGCAACGGUCUACCAGCGUCGCUGUCCGCGUUCCUUGUAUGGCUGUUACUGUUGCGUGGCUAUAGGCGACUGCUGGUGACUGUCAUUGAUUCCGCCGGUGUCGAAUCGAAUCCUGUUAUUUGGCCACGCCAGGGGCUGUCCGGGAACGACAUCGUACGGGAACAUCGCGUUUCUGGUGGAGAGAAGGGUCGACAUUGUGGAGCUGCUUGACUAACUGGUAAUAAGGCAGUGUCGCUGUCGUAGCCUCAAUAGCAGCAAACAGUGUUGUUUUCUGGCGGUCGUGCUGUGAAUAAAUGAAAGUGGCGAUCUCGUUGAGCCAUGCCCUAGUGGUAUCAGUAGCAGUGACGCCGGUUGCGGCAUCAUCUCUCGAGGCCCCCUCACGGCUUGUAUGACCCUCACCCAUCGUUUUUUUUCACUCGUGAUUUUCUCAUCGUUAGCUGUCUUGGUGUGACUCUGCCAAUGUAAUCUCCGCCGGCAUUAAUUUCACCCUGCCUUCCCUGUGGCUGUACGUGGGCAAACUUCCGGUGGCGCAAAGCAAGAAGUACAGACAAGUCGCGACAUACUGAGGUGGCAUCUUGCGCUCUAGGAAUCACGUUUUCAGAGCAAUCGGUUCUGGCGCAUUCAUUGCUUUUCUAGUCAGUGUCCGAGCCAACACUAAAUUACGGUACUCCUUCAAUAAGCGCCAGUUCGUAACUGGGACGUGUAUAUAGUUGUCAUAUUCAAAGCGUGUAUGAAGUACCACUAAAGAGGAGUGUUUGCGUGUCUUCGGAGUGGACAGUCUACGUAUUUUGUCGAACCUGUCUAAAUUACCGCGCACGUACUUGAAACGUGAAGUUAAUAAUAUUCCUCACAAGCUCCGGUUUGGAAUAGGAACCAUGUCCCGUGUUUCCAAGCGUUUGUACGCCGAAGGUGGGGUCAAUCAAAUGCCGCCUUACUAUGACCGGGGUGCUGAGGCUGCACGGCAAAAUGCUUGGGUUUUUGAGGUAUCUUGGGAAGCGGCCAACAAAGUGGGUGGAAUCUACACCGUAAUUAAGACAAAAGCCGAAGCAUCGACCAUGGAGUUGGGCGACCAAUACUGCCUUAUCGGUCCACUGAAGCAGAACGCCGUUAAGACGGAGGUCGAAAUUACAGAACCACCAAAGUUGUUUGAAAGGGCACUGACAUCGUUCCACGACCAAAAAGUCAAUUUUGUGUAUGGCCGGUGGCUCAUAGACGGUUAUCCCCAGAUUUUACUUGUUGACGUUGGAUCAGUCUCUGAUCGUCUUACUGCCUGGCGACAAGACGUGUACGAGAAGUCUGGCAUCGGAAUACCUUAUGAAGAUAUCGAAUCAAACGAUGCUGUUUUGUUUGGCUACCUUACGGCAUGGUUCCUCGAGGAGUUCGUGAACGCAGCUCGUUCCGAAGGUACCCCUUACAUCACAGCACAUUUCCACGAGUGGAUGACCGGAAUUGGCCUUCAGCAGUGUCGCAUAAAGCACCUCGAUGUCGCCACCGUGUUCACGACGCACGCCACACUAUUGGGCCGUUAUCUAUGCGCCGGUAAUGUGGACUUUUAUAAUCACCUCGCCGAUUUUGAUUUGGACCGUGAAGCAGGCGAUCGUGGUAUUUACCACCGUUAUUGCAUAGAACGAGCCGCCACCCAUACCGCGCACAUCUUCACGACUGUUUCCGAAAUCACCGCCCUUGAGGCGCAGUUCCUGUUACGUCGAAAGGCCGAAGUAAUUACGCCGAAUGGGCUCAACGUAAAAAGGUGGGGGGUUAAAAAGCGGCUUAUGUGGCUAGAUGUUGACCAAGCGACGCUAAAGAAAUCAUCGGGCUACUCUAGUCAACCUUGCAAUCUAGGCUACUUACGGCUCAGAUACGAGGCGCAUCACGAUUUCCAGAACAAACACGCCAUGGCAAAAGAAAAGAUACACAACUUUGUGCGAGGCCAUUUUCACGGACAUUAUGAUUUUGAUCUCGAUAAAACGCUGUACUUCUUCAUUGCUGGCAGGUAUGAGUUCAGCAAUAAAGGGGCGGAUUUGUUUAUUGAAUCGUUGGCCCGGCUAAAUCAUCGAAUGAAAGCUACGAACUGUGAACACACGGUUGUGGUGUUUUUUAUCUUCCCGGCAAAAACUCACAACUUUAACGUAGAAUCGCUCAGGGGACAAGCCGUUGCUAAACAGCUGAAGGAGACCUGCGAUCAAAUACAGCGGCGAAUAGGAGAUCGAUUAUACGAGACAGCAUUAAGCGGCCGUAUUCCUGACACUAAGGAACUGUUUACCCCACAGGAUCUAGUGAUGCUUAAACGGGGAAUCUACUCAACUCAAAAAUCGUCACUUCCCCCAAUCUGUACCCAUAAUAUGAUCGAUGAUGGCAUGGACCCUGUACUGUCUUCGUUUCGACGUUGCCAACUGUUUAACAAUCGACAUGAUAAGGUAAAAGUGAUAUUCCAUCCGGAAUUCCUCUCCUUGACAUCACCCCUGCUACCCAUGGAUUAUGAGGAGUUCGUCCGUGGGUGCCACCUGGGCGUGUUUCCGUCGUAUUACGAACCUUGGGGUUACACACCUGCCGAAUGCACCCUGAUGGGAAUUCCAUCGGUGACCACAAACUUGUCAGGUUUUGGGUGUUUCAUCAACGAACAUGUCGAUGAUCCCAUGUCGUAUGGGAUUUAUAUUGUUGAGCGUAAAUUUAAAGGCGUUGACGAAAGCGUCGAGCAACUUGCGCAGUUCCUUUUGGACUUCUGCAAUCUGACCAGACGCCAGAGGAUCAUCCAAAGGAACCGUACUGAACGCCUGUCAGAGUUACUUGAUUGGAAGAACCUGGCACAGUAUUAUUCGUUUGCCAGACGCGAAGCACUUCUAAAGGUCCACCCCGAACUUCAAGCAAUCGCCGAGCUACAGCGACUGCAAAUUCGUUAUCCACGCCCUUUUUCGGAGCCACCAUCGCCCGCUCACUCUCGACUAGGCAGUCCUCACACUAGUGAUGAUGAGGACAGCCUCUUCAAUGGCAAAUAAACAAGCGAAUGACUGGUGGCGUUCGAUCGCAAAAAGGAAGUACGAACUUCGGCUAAACAGUCCCUGUAACUUUAGAGAACAUUGCGAAUGCUGGCGAAAUCUCGCGACGCUCUGAUGACUUGAUGAAGUUGAACUAAUGAGCCGGUCUAGUGAAUAUAGAAGAUUAACAAAACCAAAGUCUGAAAACUCCUAACGCUACAGGCAGUUGUUAAAGGUGAAGAGAUUGGUGAGGUGUUGAGGAUUUGAAGUAGUCGCUCGGGAGGUAAAACACCAUUUACACUGACCCCAAAAACCAAUCUAGUUCAAAUUGGUUCGACUAUUAUUCGAAUUCAGCAAUUGAACACGUUUUACAUAGUAAAGUUAUUCAGCUCAUAUAGAGCGUAGGUUUUUAACAGUAUUUUUACUCUGUCUUUCGGCUCGAAAAGCACAGCCGAAUCGAUAGAUGCAGUAUAGUCGUCUCUUGAACAUGACUCGUUUAAGAAACAACAUGACUCUAAAUUCAAAUCGCAAUACUUCUUUUCGAGAUUAUGUCAAGGCACUAUGGAAAGAAAAUGUUUAGGUGUAAGCCCUCAUAUAAACGAUGACUUGACCACAUCUGGCCAAGAAUUAAAUACAAUUCUAUUUCUGUUAAUUGUAUUUAUUACAUGUACGUUCUGUUAAUUUAAGUCAAUCUUAAUAGUGAUAAUAAAACAUGUGGACAACUUACUGUAUCGUUA